GUGGGGGAGGAAGAAGGAAGGAGCUGGCGAGCCCCGGCUCAAGCAGACAGGUGAUGGGCGUUUCAGCCGCCGCGGCGGUGGUGCUCCGGUUCCAUUCCUUGGGUUUCACUCCGGUCUGAUCUAAGCAAAUAUGCAGAAGUACCGGCUAGUCUGCUCUUAAAGCCAAAAAAGCAGAGCUAGAGAGAGAGAAAGAGAGAGGGGGGAGCUAAAGAGACGGCUGCGGCUCUGGAUCCAGGAGCUACCAAAAAAAUUAUAUAUAAUAAUAAUAAUAAUAAUAAUAACCCCCCUUCCUCCUCCCCUCCACCAGUUCCCCCCCACCCCCCACCCCAGCGGCCGAGGAGGAUCCCGGAGUGGCACACACUCGCUCACACACACACUCGCGCGCACACACAUACACACGCGCAUACACAACAGUGUCUUUCUCCCUGAGGGAUGGUACUGAAUUUCGCCGCCACUGGAGCCCGGCUGAAGCUCCUACACCGCAGCUCUGCGUUCCCACCGAGUCUAAAGUGCACCCGGACGCGAUGAGGACCUGGGUUUGUGUUUUGCUGCUAGGGUUUGGAUACCUGUCCUAUGCCUUUUCCGAGGAAGCCGAAAUCCCCCGGGAGGUGAUCGAGAGACUGGCUCACAGCGAGAUUAACAGCAUCCGCGACCUGCAGCGCCUCCUGGAGAUAGAUUCCGUAGGAUACGAGGAUGUUUCAGAGACAAACCUGAAAGCGCAUAUGGUUCAUGCUCCCAAACAUGUGCAGGAAAAGCGUCCUGUACCCAUUAGAAGAAAAAGAAGUAUUGAGGAGGCUGUUCCUGCUGUUUGCAAAACGAGAACGGUUAUUUAUGAGAUACCUCGGAGUCAGAUUGAUCCCACAUCGGCCAACUUCCUGAUCUGGCCCCCUUGUGUGGAGGUCAAACGAUGCACAGGCUGCUGUAAUACCAGCAGCGUCAAAUGCCAGCCUUCACGGAUCCACCACAGAAAUGUCAAGGUGGCAAAAGUGGAAUAUGUUAGGAAAAAACCGAAAUUAAAAGAAGUUCUGGUGAGGUUAGAAGAGCAUUUGGAAUGCACCUGUAUGUCAUCAAAUUCUAAUUCAGAUUAUCGGGAAGAAGAAACUGGAAGGCCUAGGGAAACAGGUAAAAAACGGAAAAGAAAAAAGUUAAAACCAACCUAAAGCCCACUGGAGCUAUUUGAUAAUCAGAUGUGAGGUGAAAAUAAGCUAGAAAACCUUCUCUGGGACACGGAUGUACAUGGUUUGUUACAUUCCUGAACCUUCUAUGUAUGGUGCUUCAUUGACAGUAUACUCUACUUGUUCUCUUCUGUGAAAAACUGUCUGAAAGAACACUUGAUGAGAACAAAGAGACAAUGUACAUUUGUUUAAUGUGACAUCAAAGCAAGUAUUGUAGCACUCGGUGAAACAAUAAGAAGCUUCCUUGUCCAAAAAAAAAAAAAAAAGAAAAAAACCUACAAAAACCCAUACAAAAAAAAAUAAUAAAAGGUUGACUGAAUGGAUGAGACCCAAAAGUCCUACAAAAAUGUGACAAAAAUCUAAAUGAACAAUGGAUUUCUGUCAAGAGUGGUCAAAGGUGCUUUUUGUCAAGAAAUAAGCCUGUUUUCUUGAUGAAGAUGGAUGGACACUGAUGGACUACAGGCACACACACAAACAGAAAACAACAACAAACAACAACAACCAGGAAUGUAUCCAAUGCCACGUGAACACUAUAGACACAAUACAUCCUCGCUCCGUAGUGUUUUAAGUCUAUACAAAAACCUUUUUGAGAGCCUUAAGUGGAUUUUUUUUACACCAUAAAGUGAUUAUUAAGCUUUUCUUUUUAUUCUUUGCCUAGCUUUUUUUUUUUUAAAUCUCUUGGACUCCAUUUACCAAUAACACAUGAAAAAGGCUGCUGUAACAGUAAGGCAGGCAGUAUGAUGGUAUUUCUCCUAGCAGGAUGCAAACUAAUGAGAUGUAUUAAAAUAAACAUGGUAUACCUA